AUGAUUGAUGAUUUGAAAAUUGGGGCGCUUCCAAAUGUAACAGUUGCAGUGUCUCAGAGUGGCUGGAUAAACUCAGAGUUAUUUCUGAUGUGGUUUCAAAAAUUUGUCCAGGGGAUUUCCUCAGCAAGGCCUGUGGUGCUAUUAAUGGAUUCACAUGCGAGUCACAUAACUCCUGAAGUCAUUGCAAUGGCUUCAGAGAAUGAUAUCAUAAUUGUAACAUUUCCAAGCCACACAAGUCAUUUGCUACAGCCUUUGGAUGUAGCAGUAUACCGGCCUUUGAAAUUGGCUUGGCAGAAACACCUGAGGCAGUUUCAAGAAGGUAAUCCGCUGAGAAGACCAGGAAGAUUCGAUUUCCAUGGGAUGUUCAGUCCCGCUUUUCUGGAAGCAUUCAGCAGAGAAAAUAUCAUUUCUGCAUUCUGCAAGGCUGGUGUUUUCCCACUAAACAAGAUGAAAAUUCCUGAUGAAGCCCUGACAACAAACGUGGAUAACAGGUGA